AGUCGGAGCCGGCGCACCCCACGUCGGCCGCGGGUCCAGCGCUCGGAGCGGCCAAGUCCCCGCGUCCCGUGCGCUCCGCCCGCCGGGCAUGGAGUAGUGGCGCAGCUCGGGGCGCGGGGACAGACGUGCGCACAGACGGCGGCGACUCCGGCGGCUCCAGGUAACCGGCCCGGCCACGACGCGCAGGUGGCUCCCGGGUGGCGCGUGGCAGAUGCGGGCGGGCGCCACGGCCGGGAGGCGGAGGGGCUUCCAGCACGUGGCGCGGCCGGGGCCAGCGCUAGGGUCCGCACCCGGCCUCCGCCGUGGGCUUCGGGGACUCGGCGCUCGCCGGCGACCACCGCACAAAGGCGACGCUGCAAACUUGAGCGCGGCCGCCGGGCCCGGCGCGCGGCGCCGCGUUUUUGGAGAGAGGUGGGAGCGGAGGCGCGGCCCCUCCGAGGUUCGCCUGCGGCCGGGGAGCUGCCUGGCACCCGCGGCUUCCGAAGGGGAAAGAAAGUUGCGCCCGCGCCAGGCGCAGCGCGCUCGGCGAACGCGGCCUUUCGGGCGAAAGUUAGGAGGGGCCGGGCGGGCGGGCGGGUUCCGGGGGCUCCUUUCGGCAGCAGCGGCGGUCGCUCCCCGUGGGCGGGACCUCGGGCGCGAUCGUCGAGGAGACCGCGGCCCCUUCACCUGCCGGCUUGCUCCUCGGGGUCCGCGGAGCGAGCCCAGCUCCCGGCGCGUGUCGGAGUCUCCCAGCCCCGCGGCCCCGAGCGCACGAUGCGCGGACCCGGGCGCCCCCUCCUCCUGGGGCUGCUGCUGGUGCUGGGGGCGGCGGGGCGCGGCCGAGGGGGCGCGGAGCCCCGGGAGCCGGCGGACGGACAGGCGCUGCUGCGGCUGGUGGUGGAGCUUGUCCAGGAGCUGCGGAAGCACCACUCGGCGGAGCACAAGGGCCUGCAGCUCCUUGGGCGGGACUGCGCCCUGGGCCGCGCGGAGGCGGCGGGGCUGGGGCCUUCGCCGGAGCAGCGAGUGGAAAUUGUUCCUCGAGAUCUGAGGAUGAAGGACAAGUUUCUAAAACACCUUACAGGCCCUCUUUAUUUUAGUCCAAAGUGCAGCAAACACUUCCAUAGACUUUAUCACAACACCAGAGACUGCACCAUUCCUGCAUACUAUAAAAGAUGCGCCAGGCUUCUUACCCGGCUGGCUGUCAGUCCAGUGUGCAUGGAGGAUAAGCAGUGAGCAGACUGUACAGGAGCAGCACACCAGGAGCCAUGAGAAGUGCCUUGGAAACCAACAGGGAAACAGAACUAUCUUUAUACACAUCCCCUCAUGGACAAGAGAUUUAUUUUUGCAGACAGACUCUUCCAUAAGUCCUUUGAGUUUUGUAUGUUGUUGACAGUUUGCAGAUAUAUAUUCGAUAAAUCAGUGUACUUGACAGUGAUAUCUGUCACUCUUAUUUUAAAAAAAAACACAAAAGGAAUGCUCCACAUUUGAUGUGUAGUGCUAUAAAACACAGAGAAUAUUUCAUUUUCUUGAUUAGGUAAAAUCGCAAAAAAAUAUUUCUUUAGAAACGUAAGCAGAAUCUUAAAGUAUAUUUUCAUAUAACAUAAUUUGAUAUUCUGUAUUACUUUCACUGUUAAAUUCUCAGAGUAUUAUUUGGAACGGCAUGAAAAAAUUAAAAUUUCGGUCAUGUUUUAGAGACAGUGGAGUGUAAAUCUGUGGCUAAUUCUGUUGGUCCUUUGUAUAAUAAAUGUAAAAUAGUAUUCCAGCUAUUGUGCAAUAUGUAAAUACUGUAAAUAAACACAAGUAAUAAAUGAAGUGUUUGCUAUAAUGA